AUGGCCGACUUCCUCGUGCCUGGGUAUGGAGACAAGAACAGAGCAUUCGUCCAAGCAAUUCUGGGCCGGAACACCUUCACAUGGGGCAGUGCGCAGACGCUGAUUGCCGCGAUAUCUUCAGCUCACAGUGGCCAGGAAGUGCCUAUCGACAGCAUCAAUCAAGAAGACCUCGAAUCGUAUAUCACGCUGGCAAACAGAGCGCUUUCACCUCUGGAUCUCGAGAUAAGAAGCACAUUGCACCAGACCUCUCGCAAUCGGGUGUACGCUCUUGUAAACGUCGCUAGCGACCCCAUGACACAGCUGGCCACCACGUAUUCCGCAGAUGAGAUCAACUUCGUCAAGAAGAUGCUGGAUACUAUGUUCAACAGCAAUAAUCGCGGCAGGACGGAAGCAAUGUGCAUCAGCAGCAUAGAGGUUGUGCAGCUUUCGAGCAAAUCAACCGCCAAGAAAUUAACGGGAAACGAGGUUGAGGAUCUGGUCAGGAAUCUGGAGCUUGAAGGCUGGCUCGAGAAAAGCGACGCAGGCUUCUAUGCCCUUUCUCCCAGAGCACUUAUGGAAUUGAAAGGCUGGCUCGCGGAGACAUAUAACGAUGUCGAUGAGGAGGACAUGGACGAAGAGGAGGCCGCAAGUCGAAGAAAGAUCAAGUCUUGUCAUGCCUGCAAAGAGAUCAUCACGACGGGCCAACGCUGCGCACGCCGGGAGUGUCCAUUCAGACUCCACGAUAUUUGCAUACAGAACUUCUUCCGAACACAGCGAUCGCAGGUCUGUCCGUUGUGCCAGACUGCGUGGGACGGUAAGCACUACGUCGGCGAGAAGGCUUUCACCACCUCAGAUCGAUAUACAGGCCGUAACCGGAACCGAGCCACCGGCGGUCGACCAAGUGCUGUGCGCGACAACGAGGCGGCGCAGGAGGAAGAGGACGAGGAGAGCGAAGGCGAGGCCUGA